UUUAAUCUGAUUUAUAUAUACCUGGUAUCCAAAUACCUGGAUGUUGUGGCAGGUAUUUCAUGUCAAUGCAGUUUAAUCUGAUUUAUAUAAAUCUGGUAUCCAAAUACCUGGAUGUUGUGGCGGGUAUUUCAUGUCAGUGCAGUUUAAUCUGAUUUAUAUAAAUCUGGUAUCCAAAUACCUGGAUGUUGUGGCGGGUAUUUCAUGUCAGUGCAGUUUAAUCUGAUUUAUAUAAAUCUGGUAUCCAAAUACCUGGCAAUGGGGUUCCAUGGUAGCAGCAUCCAAAUGUUAGAUCACUAAGCAAAAUGCAGGGGAGUGGAUAUGUUUGGCAAUAUAGUGUGUAUGAAUUUGCUGCAGUUUUUUAAAAAGGUUGCUAUAUGAGUGAUUUUAGUGAAAUGAAAUUUAUUUUCAGAUAUUUACAAAUUAGAAUGGUGUGGUCAUAUAUGUGUGUUAUUUUUGUAUUUUUUUUCCACGACUUUCUUAUUUACCUUUAACAUUUUCCUCUUAUAUUAGGCAGUUACAUGAUGGCUGAGCAAGGCAGUGUUGAUUUAGACUGGCUUCCGGCCUGUUUUACGGUUCUCACAAAAACCGACACUCACAUCGCAGGAUUUGUGUCAACAGAACAAGAGCUGGAAACUGUUUUGGAGUGCCAUAAGCGGGCAACCAUGACCUCUUUCAAUAUCUGGUCCAAUGACAGGGAAAAAAAGGAAAAAUCUCCACAUAGAAUUCUUUGGCAGGUGGAGGAUUUUUCAAACAAUGUGCCAUUAAUAGUGACAAAUCGCUUGAUUUACUCCUGUCAACAUGGCAAAGGAAGAAAUCGAAAGACAUCUGAAGAACUUUGUACAGGAGAAGAGCAUGCCUAUACAGGCAAACGGAAACGACUACAGAUUCAGACAACAAAGAAGAAGAACUGUCCAGCAGAACUUUUUGUUCGCCACAUAACAAGAUACAAUGACUUUACUGUGCCAGAGGGGGCCAGCAGAGCCAGAAAACAAAUGGCUUUGGAUCAACUUGGAGCAUCAUUGAAAAAACAGGAAAAACUAAAUACGUCAAAAAUGAUCCACAUGAGCCUUCCUCUGAAAAAUGCACAUGAGAACCACAAUGUCUCAAUUGAAAGCGCCUUUUCAAGAAAUAUACAUCCUGCUGUGCGUGAAAAAAUACACGAGUACGUUUCCCUGGGUAUCACAACAGUACCUUUUCUCAAAAAGGUUCUAAAACAAUAUGUGAAAAAUGAACUCUGCACUGCAGAUGUUAUCCCGCCUCAAGUGCAUGACCAGGCAUAUUAUCCAUCCAAUCAUUCUAUUCAAAACCAUGUACAUUUGGCUUUAGUUGCUGGAAAAUACUCAGGUCUGGAUCAGGUCAAUUUGGAGAAGAAAAUUUCAUCGUGGAAGCUGGAAGACCCAGAUGCACAUUUUUUUUUUAGAAAAUGCACUGAAGUGGAAGAUGACUCUGUAAAAAAAGAACAAGAAGCCGAUGUUUGCAACACUCAGUCUUUUGAACAUGACGCCAGUCUUUUAGGAGAGAAAAUGGAAACAGGAUUUCCAUUUCUUCAAUCCUCUGAAGAAACAUGUGACUCUGAAAAUCCAGAACCUGAUCCUACAAAGCAAAAUACCUUCCUGUUUAUACAUCAGAAUAAAGAGCAGCAAAGACUUCUGCAGCGUUAUGGGGAAAUGGUCCUUCUAGAUGCUACAUACAAGACAAGCAAGUACGCAUUACCACUUUUUUUGGUAGUUGUGCGAACAAAUGUGGGAUAUAAACCAGUUGCAGAAUUUAUAUGUGAAAGUGAAACCACUGAAGCCAUCUCCGAGGCCCUCAAAAUUUAAACAAAUUGGAAUAUGGAAUGGAAACCAAAAUACUUUAUGGUAGAUUACUGUGAACAAGAAUUGAAGGCACUUCAGUUGGUAUUCCCCCAGGCACAGAAAUACAUUUGUGCUUUCCAUCGGGAACAAGCCUGGAUACGGUGGACAAGAGAAGGCAAGAACAAUCUGUCAGCUCAUGAGCGAAGCGAACUACUUGGCUACCUCCGUAGUGUGGCAACUGCCUGUAGUGAGGAAGGCUGCGCUAGGGAGGUUCAGAAGUUGAGAGACAGUUGUCUUUAUAAGACGAAUGAUUCAGUAAGACAGUAUGUUGAGAGAAGAUGGCUUAGCAUACAAGAGAGAUGGUGUAGAGCAUUUGCUCCACAUGGAUUCAGCGUAUCUGUAACAACAAACAAUGGCAUUGAAGCCAUGAACAACUCACUGAAGAGCUUUUGAAGCUUUCAAAUACCGGAACAGUUUCCUCAUUGGCUGAAACAGUUGUAUGUGAUUUUGUUCCAGAACAUCUCCUGUCUUAUGCAAAACUCAACUAUUCCUAUACCAGUGAUUAUAAAGCAUACAGCAGUUAUGUCCCUGAUUUUUUGAGGAACCGUCCCAAAGAUUUUGUCAAACACUGUCUUAAAGCUAUUGAAGCAGCUUCUUGGUAUGGAAAAGAACAAAUGCGUAACCUUGGGAAAGGAUGCUUUCAGAUUAAGAGUGAGCAGUCAGCUCAGUGGUAUUGUGUGGAUCUGGGAGAUGACCAGAGAUUUCCAUCUUGUGAGUGUCCCUCCUUCCAGUUAACAUUUCUGCCCUGCAAACAUCUGUUUGCCAUUUUUAAUAAUUCAGAAUAUACAUGGACCAUGUUGAGUUCCAAGUACACAAACAGUCCAUAUGUGACAUUAGAUGUGGAUGCUGUGUUAAGUGAAACCCAGAAUGGCCAAGCAGAGAAUGCAGUGGAUGAAGACACAGAUUGUAUCUCUUUAUUUUCCACCAAGGAACACUCCAUUCAAAAGACAUACCCGAGGUGUACUGAAAAUAAUCCAAGCAAUGCCUGUGUUAACAGUGCUCAGCAAUUCCUGCGAGAAAAGCUGAAGAUUCUUCAGGAUGUUUCAUACCUCUGCAGAGAUACAAAAGCAUUGAGUGACGCUGCUGCAGUUGUACAUAGUUUGGCAGACAACUUGAAAAGUUAUAUCCCAAAAGAAAACAGCCUGCCACUCAUCAGCACAACACAAGAGACUGCAAAGCAAAAACUACGCAAAUUACCAAAACAGCGCAAAAAGAUACAGAGUCAAGCUAGAAAAACAAGAUUUGGAAACAACUACAGAUGUGGAAAAAGUGCUGAUCAGCCAGCUGCAGAGAUAGACUGCAUUGUAAUCCAUGAAACAAGAAAAAGUGCUGUUCAGCCAGGUGAAAAGAUUGAGAAAGCUUGCACGGUAACCCUUGAAACAGGUAAAACAAGUAGGAUAUAUGGA